AGAACAAAGAUGGGCAGAUAAGAAAACUAUUGAGCAUCUCCAAGGAACCAGAAACCAGUAUGACAGAAAAUAUGAAAUCUCUCAGAAACUUUUUUCUUUACAAGUGUCUGUUUGCAUUAACUUUUUGGAACCAUGUCAGCCCAUCUGUGGAAAAUGAACUCUUUACAUCUGUUUCUAAUGAUUUUCCAGAAGAUGGUUCUGACAAAAAAAUCAACAGCCUGACACUCCCAUAUACCAAUAGGUAUCGGUCCAAAGCUAAUUUUGAUUGGAUUGUGAUACAAAAUACUACAGAAAGCCUGUCAUUGUCAGAAAUCACAAAUGGCAAUGUGAAAAAAUUAGUAUCUUUGUUGUCUAAUUUCAGACCAGGCUCCAGGUUACAAAAUCUGACACUUACAAAUGUGUCAGUGGACUGGAAUGCUCUUAUGGAAAUUUUUCAGACUGUAUGGCACUCAUCCAUUGAAUACUUCAAUAUUAACAGUGUAACACAAUUGUCGGUCAUCAAAGGCUAUGAUUUUAACUAUUCAGGUACUUCUAUGAAAGCACUGACAAUGAAGAAAGUUUUAAUCACAGAUCUGUACUUCUCGCAGGAUGACUUAUACAAAAUAUUUGCAGACAUGAAUAUUGCAGCCUUGACAAUAGCUGAAUCAGAGAUGAUACAUAUGCUGUGUCCUUCGGCAAACAGUUCCUUUAUAUAUUUAAACUUUUUAAAGAACGAUUUAACAGAUCUUCUUUUUCAAAAAUGUGACAAAUUAAUUCAACUGGAGACAUUAAUAUUGCAGAGGAAUAAAUUUGAAAGCCUUUCUAAAGUAAGCUUCAUGACCAGCCGUAUGAAAUCACUGAAAUACCUGGACAUGAGCAGCAACUUGCUGCAUCACGAUGGAGCUGAUGUGCAAUGCCAAUGGGCUGAGUCUCUGACAGAGCUGGACCUGUCCUCAAAUCAGUUGACGGAUGCCGUGUUUGAGUGCUUGCCAGCCAACACCCAAAAACUCAACCUACAAAACAAUCAGAUCACUAGUGUCCCCAAGGGGAUGGCUGAGCUGAAAUCCUUGACAGAGCUGAACCUGGCGUCGAACAGGCUGGCUGACCUGCCGGGGUGCAGUGGUUUUAUGUCUCUGGAGUUCCUGAACAUAGAGAUGAAUUCAAUCCUCACCCCAUCUGCUGACUUCUUCCAGAGCUGCCCAAGGGUCAGGGAGCUACAAGCUGGGCACAACCCGUUCAAGUGUUCCUGUGAGCUGCAAGAUUUUAUCCGUCUGGAGAGGCGGUCUGGGGGGAAG